GGUGUCUUUCCGCUAAGGAAACGUGCAACGCGCGGUGCCCGAGCGGCGACGCUGGCUGUGUGUGAAUGGUUAUGUACAGGGGGCAGAUUUUUAAAUAAAAGAGUGAUUAUGGGCAGUUCAAGGUCAGAAACAAACUAAGGUGGUUAGGAAUCGGCUUUUUUUUCUUGCCACGGCACCGUGGGGAAAUGUAACGAUGAGGGGAAUUAUUUCUUUAAACGGGGUUCUGUACACCGCUGGGCUCACCAGCUGAUUUUUACCCCCGUUAACGACGAAUACCGCUAGACCCGGGCUGUAACCAGCCAGUCGGCUCUGCUCUCUACAAUGGAGUGCCUUUUUAACGGUACAAUGCAUUUCACCUACCAGAUAGGGGGAGUCCAAGCUGAAAGAUGAAGGGAAUAUGCUGAUGCCUGGCGAUCGGCAUCAAUGCAAACGUUUACCUUUCGCAGACAGCGACAGAAAAGCGAGAAGGGAGACAAGUAAUAAAGCCGUAUUUUUUAUUUCAAACUCAGGAUGCACGGCAGGGAGCAGGGACAGGAUCGAGGAAUGGAUAGUCUUUAACAGGUCCGAAGCGCACUUUUCAACACCCCCGUCAUCCGACAAGAAUAUGAUCCGGUCAAAUCAUAUGGACAUGCCUCAUUAUUCAAUGAACACUAUCUCUCACAACGCAUCGUUUACGCGCAGGAGUUAGCCGGCGCUUCGCCAAAUUUAAAAGGCUCUUGUCGUUCCACCUUCUGUGGAGCUGUCGGCACUCUUCCUGACAUCCGGCGUUCGUUGGAGCGGCGGCAAGUCACACAGGGCUCCCUGAUCGGUGCCGACCAGAAGCGGAGCUGAGGCUGAGGCUGGCUUAACGGGGCUAAGCGCACUAUCACGCUGUCUAAGAAACCACCCCCACCCACCGUCUGAGGGCUUCAGAUGAAGGGAGGCAUGCAAAAGUGCAAAAAGUGCCACUGAACUCUAAGAAGGUGUGAGGAGAAAGCUGAGAAAUCUCUACAGACUACAGACUGAAGUGGAGAACCCUGCAGGCCUGUGUGACCCAGGCCUGACGUUCUGGCAUGCUCCUGAAGACGCGAGGUGGUCAUUCCAGUAAGCGGUAGUCAGUCAGGAGUGACAGUGAGUGGCCACUUGAUCCUAACAGACAGGUUGCACUCCAGUAUGCAGUUGGAGUGUUAAGAAUGGAGGACUCUAGUUUGUGUCUUGGUGUGUCGUCAGCGGUGUCUGACGCUGAUGCCCAUCUAAGCAGUGCAGUGCUAAAUGGCCGCUACCCUAUCAGUCAAAAGCUUCAUCAGCUUACUGCCCAGCUAGGACACGCCUUUCCUGACCUACACCGCCCACAACAGAUCCCAGAAGAGAAAGCAGCCACGCCUUUGGAUGAGAAGACCCACCACGCAGCCCUAGCCAGUCAGCCUAUCAGCAGUCAGAUGGCCCUGUUAGCCAAUCAGCUUAACCGUGACAUUGAUGCAGGGGCGCUAAGUGGGCUGAAUGGGCGUGUUGACCUGCAGCAGUUUCUCAAUGGCCAGAACUUGGGCAUCAUGUCCCAGAUGAAUGAUAUCGAAGAUGACGCCCGCAAGAACAGAAAGUAUCCCUGUCCGUUGUGUGGCAAGCGCUUCCGUUUUAACAGCAUCCUGUCACUGCACAUGCGCACACACACAGGAGAGAAGCCCUUCAAGUGCCCCUACUGUGACCACCGAGCGGCUCAGAAAGGCAACUUGAAGAUCCACCUUCGCACCCACAAGUUGGGGAAUCUUGGUAAGGGUCGGGGCCGUGUCAGAGAGGAGAAUAGGCUGCUGCAUGAGUUGGAGGAAAGGGCCAUCUUGAGGGACAAGCAGAUGAGAGGAAGCAGUACUCUCCAGGCAGCUCAAACACCACAUCUGGGCCUCAAUAGCAGCUCUAACACCCAUCAUCAGCAACUAGGGUCAGCCUGUGGUCUCCUACCCCCCUCUGGCCUUGCCACUCCAGACACGGUUUCUCAGCCUUCUUCUUCUCCCAAGCCGGCUGGCACCCAGGAUGAACAGUCACUGAACCCAACUACGGGCUUCCGCUGCACCUUCUGCAAAGGGAAGUUCAAGAAGCGUGAGGAACUGGACCGGCACAUCCGCAUACUUCACAAGCCCUACAAAUGUACUCUGUGUGAGUUUGCUGCCUCCCACGAAGAAGAGUUGAUAAGUCAUGUGGAGAAAGCUCACAUCACAGCAGAGACCACACCGGGCCAAGGUUCUGGUAGUGGUGGCGGCAUGCAGAUGGCCACUGAAUUCCGCUGCGAUGUGUGUGGCCAGGUGUUCAGCCAAGCUUGGUUCCUCAAGGGUCACAUGCGCAAGCACAAGGACUCCUUUGAACACUGCUGCCAAAUCUGUGGCCGUCGUUUCAAGGAACCCUGGUUCCUCAAGAACCAUAUGAAGGUGCAUCUCAACAAGCUGGCCAUCAAGAGCAAGCCACCACAGCCCAGUGAGCAGGAUAUGGCUGCCGUUAAUAGCAUGAGUAAUCUAGCCCAGGAAGCUCAUGCAAACCUUUAUUCCCGCUACAUCUCCUGUCUUCAGGGAGGCUUCCUUUCACCAGAUAAACAGGGCCUGAGCGAGCAGCACCAAAUGUUGGCUAAAGCAGGGAUAGCCAUGAAGGAAAAAGAGAUGUUAGGGAAGCUGCUGGGACCAAUGGCAGGAGGUCUGGGCCCUGGGCUGGGCGAAAAUGAGAAGCGCUCACUCCUGGGUUGUCUCAACCUUGUGCCACCACUUAAGUCAAGCUGCAUGGAGCGCCUCCAGGCAGCUGCAAAAGUGGCUGAGAUGGACUCUCUCAAUAGCUACCAAGCCUGGCAGAUAAUGGCUCGUGGUAUGGCUAUGGACAGGGCAUUCAUGCCGAAGGAGCAGCAGCAACACCAGCACCAUAUACCCCCAGGGCAGGAAGAUGAGAUUGGUGGUGCUGGGGCCUUGGCUUCCUUCUCAAAGGAUAAACAAGACUACUCCUUGAUUACUUCCAAUGAUAGCUCCAAGCAGAAGCAACUUUCAGAGGCCUUGCAGGGAUCCAAGGCAGCUAGCGGAGCCAUGAUGUCCAUGAAGGAGGAUGGAAGAGGAUUUGAUAGUCACCGUGAUUUAGUGUCUCACCACGGUAAUGCUGAGGCUCCUGGAGCCCUGGCUGGUUUAGGAAGUCCAAACAUGGACUACAGCCUCUCCAGCCUCUCUGGCAUAAAGGAGAAGCCUUCAGAAUGCCCUGAUUGUGGACGGGUCUUCAGAACCUACCAUCAGAUGGUUGUCCACUCCCGAAUCCAUGGCAAAGAUAGGAGAGGCAUUGAGGAAGCAUUCCAGCAACAAGGUUUGGACGAACGCCGUGGAUCAGCCAGUGACCCUGAGUCCCAGUCCAUCAGUCGCUCCACCACUCCUGGUUCAUCCAACGUGACAGAAGAGAGCGGAGCUGGAGGAGGACACUCCCAGACUGGAAGUGUCCAAGAUGACAGCCCACAUCCCUCCUCACCAUCUUCAGCCAAACAGAAGACUCCAGAGAACACAGUUCAGGAAGAGACCUUCAUUGCUGCAUUCAUGUUUGCAGAUGUUGGGGAGGACUUGGGAAAGGCAGCGGGGAACGUUCAGCCGACUCUGUCCCAGCACCGUGAGCGCAGCCUGGGCUCAUCCUCCAAGGACUGCCCCUACUGUGGCAAGUCCUUCCGCACCUCCCAUCAUCUCAAAGUCCAUCUGCGGAUACACACAGGAGAGAAACCCUACCGGUGCCCUCAUUGUGACUAUGCUGGCACCCAGUCUGCAAGUCUGAAGUACCACCUGGAGCGCCACCACCGCGAGCGUCAAAAUGGCUCCACCAAUUCCGGCCCAUCCUCUGGCCACACCGCUUCCUCUGAUCACAAAGAGGACCAUGGGAAGACAGCCGGUGGAGGCAUAUUUGCCCGACCAGAUGUCCUCCGUAAUGUUUUCAAGGGCAUGCCCCCCAACCUAGACUUCAGGGCAGGUCCAUUGCUUGCACACCAGUGGGCGUCAGCUGGCAUGAUGUCUCCGCACGACCGAGACCGUGAGCGGGAGCGUGGAGACCGCCGUUUCGACUCUGGCUCCUCAGCUGAGAACAUGAAGACUGCCGAUGCACCUUCCUCCAUGGUCUCAACAGCUACAGAUAGCUUCUCUGACCUAAGCAGGGCCUACCAAAGCAUGAUGGGAAAUGGAGUCCAUUUUCAAGGGUCUCUUCAGGCCUUCAUGGACAGCUUCGUCCUCAGUUCCAUGAAAAAGGAUGUGAAAGACAACCAGAGUCCAGUCCAGCUCCAAGCCCAUUGCUACCAUGAUAAUGGUGAGCCCAAAGCAAAGCGGGCUGUCUCUGCUGACCAAGAAAGAGAGGACAAGGCUGAGGUCAAACAGAACUCAGAGCCUGGCAAACCUGGGUCCCAGUAUGAACCACUUGAUCUAUCUGUGUCAGUCCGGCCUGAGUCUGCAUCUGGAUCUCUCCCUGGCUCUUCAGUCACCAUUCAUGAUAACGUGGCGUGGCAUGGCUGCCUCUUCUGCUCUUUCUCCACCUCCUCAUUGGAGCUCAUGGCUCUGCACCUUCAGGCCAACCAUCUGGGCAAGGCCCAACCACAGCGAUCUGAUGCCGGCAAGGAGACUCAUGGAGAGACUUCUCCCACCACCUCGACAAUUCAUUCCUCCAACAGCAAGACACUUGACAAAGAUGGAGACAGAGAUGGAGAGAAAAACCAGGGAGGCUGGAACAACCACAUGGACCAGCCCUACAAUCCCUUCCACAGUGACUUCUAUCGACGGUUUGGUGGUUUGUAUGAUGGAUCCCCAAAAGCCAAUCAGUCCCUUCAAGGGUAUAUAACAACAGAAGAACAGAAUCUCGAUCUGCCAAGCCAAACCUUUGGAGCAGCAUCUUCAGCCGGGGAAGACCAGAUUGGUGAGAGGGGUUCCUGUGGAGGGGCCGAAGAGGACCAGGUUGGGUCAGAUGAUGAGGUUGCAAAGGCUGGUGUGCGCAGUGGCAGUGAGACUCCCUCAGCCACACCCAAGAGACAGCCACAACAGAAUCACUCUGACGAAGAAGAAGAAGAGGGAGGAGUGGCUGAAGAGGAGGAAGACAGAGAUGAGCAUGGGCAGAUGGACAUAGAGAGAGAGGAAGAACAAAGUCCAGCUUCAGACCACCUCCAGAACCACCCCAAACAGCUCCAAGAUGACUCCUCUCUGCCUCCAAGGAGUGGAGCUGGUUUGGCAGCAUCUUCAUCUGCCAUGAAACCACUUUCUCUGGUUCCCCAACAUAAGAAUCAAGCUCUGGCGCUUGAGAAGCAGUGGCAGCAGGGCCUGGGCCUCUUGUCUCCCGGAGGUCCUCCAGGACUGUUGAAGGCUGAGCAGCAGACCCACCUUGAGCAGCAGAUGAACAUGCUGUCUGUCCUCAGAGCCUACAGCAAUGACAACCUUCCCGCAUUCAAUGGCCUGGGAGGCGGAGCAUCCACAGGGGGCAUGAAGAGGCCAGAUGCACCUGUGCAUCUCUGGGUAGGAGAGGAGGACCAGCCCAUGACCCAUGACCCCGCGCUGACCCACGACCCCAACCAUCUUAACAACGACCUUAACCACCCUAACAACCAUAACCUAGGCGACCCCGAGGGGCUGGACGCCCACGCUGUAAACAAAGACUAACGGCCCACACCGGAGCAAGGCAGGAUGAUGAGGAUGAGGAUGAAGGCGGUGAUGAUGAUGAUGAGGAGGAGAAGGAGGAGGAGGAGGAGGAUGAAGGAUAAAUGAAGGAAAACACUAUAACAAAGACUUUAUUUAAGAUGAAAAAAAAAAAAAACACAUACUACCGUCAGAGUCAAGAUAAGGCGAGAACUAUAUGAAGGAAAGUUUGGGACAGUUUUCCUUUGGGGACGGAUUUUCGAGAUGGACCUAAUGACUUUUGCAAAGCGUCAUUGGACGCAAAGUGACGGCGACUUUCCUGUUUUGUCUCCUGUGGUCUGCCCCUUGUCUUCUUUGUCUUUUCUCUUAUAUGAUGCUUUUGUUUGUUUUAUUUUCUUUUGAUGAAACUACCUGUCUGAUUAGCACUUCCUGUAACUGGCACCGCAAUCUCUGAUACAUUCCUUGAGCUAGAAAGUUUAUUUUGUUUUUUAAUUAGGACUGAAGUGUAGUAUUAAAUCAAAUGCUUUCAACGACUUCUCUCUCCUUUUAAAUGAAGAAGACAGUUAUUUCACAUCCACAGACCACCAUUAUAUUGUACUUGGAAUGUAUUCUACUGUAGAAUAGAAACUUUAGCAGACUGUUGACAGAGACCAAGCACACUACCUGUCACAACAGCCACCUCUGGCUGUCCUAUCAGCUGUCAGUAUUUAUGUCCCAUGACCAUGCAUCACACUGAUUAUGGUUAAGAAAGGACAAGGCACCAUACGACAAUCUACAACACACACUUAAUUCCAGAAAAAAUGUGGUAUGACUGGAGGAAAAGCAUACCCAUAGUUGACUUUUGAUGGUGGUGGUGCUGUUGAUGAUUAUGAUGAUUGCGAAGAAGAAAGAAUAUUCAAGCUGCCCUAAAUGUACUUAUAAUACUAUACCCCCCUACCCACCCCUCCCCUCCCAUAACCAGGCCGACACAGCCCGUCACCCUGCUAUAUGGCUCCCUUUGUCUUUUUUCUUGUACUGUAUCAUUCAACAUGGCGCCCAUAGACGCUUAAUGUACAUAGAGAGAUAUACAGUAGUCAAAAAAGGUGAAAACUAAAGUUUUAAAGCAUUUCUGAUGAGGAAGAGCAAAGAAGUGACAGUAGUUUUCAUGGCCACAUUCUCAAAAGAUAGGCAUUCUUCUUCUAGAGACAGAGAAGAAUUAAAAAGAUCUCAAAAACAAAAAAAGGGGGAACAGUUUCUUUCUUUAUCGCCCUUUAUACCCCUUCCUCUUUAUUUCUCAUGUCAACCUCAAGGACUCUAGUGUUGCAGAUGUUUCUAAAAUACUGCCACUGAUCAUUGUUGCACAGUGUUACUGACUACUGAAAAUGGUUUGAUGUAUUUACUUUAAGAUGAGAAAAAAAGAACAAAAAACUGGAAAAAAGACAUAUUGUGUAUAGCCUUAGAUACAAGUCAUCUGUUAUUGCUUCUACAAAGCUAUGUAGCUGUGCUAGACUGUAGGAUGUAGGGUUGAUUUUAUUUUGAAUUUUUAUAUGUACUGUACAUUAAUGCCUUCUCCAUUUACUGAUCAAACAAAAAAAAAAAAAGAGGAAAAAGAUGACAAUCGUCUCCUGUGCUGAAAACAUAUUU